AUGCACGGAGCCAUCAUACGCGAUUGUGAUGAGAUCCUGAACGAACUCGAUGAAAUCACGCACACGACGGCCGCAGCUGAGGAGUUAGAGGGGAUCCUGGACGGAAACUUGGAUAUCGGAAUUGACUGGAUCGGAGAAAUUUGUCCUUGGGAUGGAUAUGACCUCGGACAGAACAUGUGUUGCGAAAUAGAUGAGGAGGAGCGGGCAGAGGAUCGGCUGGACAGGGAUACGGGUGAGGAAGACGCGCGGGACGAAGAUGCGCGUGGCGAAGAUGCGCAGGGUGGUAAUGAAAAUGUGCGUCGGAGGAACGGCGCUGAGGGAGAAGCGGGAAGUGAGUGCGCGGCGGAACCGACGACAGGCGUCGAGUGCCCGGUGUGCAUGUGCGACAUGAGCGGGCACGAGGUGUCGGCAAUGCCUGCAAGUUGCUCACACCGAUUCUGCGUGGAAUGUUUGACAAGUUGGGCGGAGAAGUGCACGAGCUGCCCGCUUUGUCGUGUGAGUUUCUCAGGCAUAAAGAUCCUUACUCCGGAAGGUCCCCUGUUGCAGCGCGUCCGGAAGCGCCGUUUGCAGGAGGAUGACUACGAGAGCGACGUCGCGGUGGAACGGCCUGCAACACGUCGACGGCCGCCUUCCCGCAACGGUCAGUGUUGCGUAUGCAGCCGCGCCCUCCGGCGGCAUUUCAUUGAGUGCAUGCGCUGCGGCGAGAAGUUCCACGAAGAAUGCAUGUCUGUUCGCCUCACUGUGCUACACGAACAACCGGUGUGUUAUCGUUGUGAAUCCUCUGUCGGGGUCACUUCACCGGAGAGUACGAACGUUGUUGCAGUCGCUACCAGCCGAAGACGGAGACGCCGGCGGGCGCAAAACUAA